CUCCGCCCCCUGCACCGCAGCCGCGGGACUUCGGACGGACGCCGCGGAGACGCCGGCAGUCGCUUCACGAUAGCGCCACGACGAGCACGCCAGCGCCUCUCCGAGAUGAGACCGCACAGCGUUCUGGUAUUGCUGCUGCUCCUGCACGCGAUGACGGCGUCGCUGGCCAUCAUGGUGCCGUCGGGCAAGCUGGAGCCGAUCACGCCCCCGGACCCCGCGCCGCGGCCGCUGCCCGCCUACCCGCUGGUGCCGCCGGCGCCCGUCUACGAGGACCCGGAGCCACACACCAACCUGGUGCUGCCGCCGCCGCCCGCCAGGGCAUACCAGCCCCCCUUCGGCUUCAGGCUCAAGCCGCUGCCCAAGCAGCGCUACCCGUUGUCUUCGACGGGAUUCGCCAAGCACCUCGAUUACAUCAUGGGCUACUAAGGCGCAAGCGGACAAGGGAACCUCGCUGGCACAGCCUGUGUCGGCACCCCGGUACCUGGCAUCUCCGACGCGUCGGCACAGGCGGCACCGUAUCUAGGAGUUCAUCACCAUCGGCAUAAACCCACUUUACACUAAAGCCUCACUUUCCAUACAAAGCGCACAGUCUAGCAGAGGGAAAAUGUUUCGCAGUUCCCUUGUAUCUGGCGGAUCUGCGAGCUGUAAAUAGAAUUAGUAGAUACGACUGAAAUCAUCAUCUACUGUGCAGAGGAGCUAGAUUCAACUCAUUGUAUUAAUUUCGGAAUUCAGUCUGUCAGUACGACAGACACCAUUGCCAUAUGUCGACCACCACAUCUUCUUCUCCUGUAUUAAUCCAACACAAACUUUUAUUAUCUUGUAUUUCUCCUUAAAAUUUGAGUUUACUUCUGGUUGGGUAUCUAAUAGACCCAGUGCUGUGUUUGUUUGCUAUGUUGGGGCUGGAAAGCAGGGGGGGAAUUACUUCUGGGCGAAUCUGUUUGUAUUAAGCAGACUUGGUGGUGUGAAUACUUCUUCUCGGUAUAUAUGGGUAAUAUAUGUCCCAUGACACCUAACGCUCUAAAGAGCUCUAGCCCCGAAGAUAUUGUAGUACGGGAGUACCUCUGUUCUAUAUACACCCUUUUAUUUGCGGUAAUGGCUGUGCUACUCAUUCGCCCAAGAAAAUGUUAUGAAAAAAUUUAAUAACUGAAUUAUGUGGUGCAACUUCGGAGUUGGUGAAGUUGCGAAAAACCUAUCUCAUGGUAUGUUAGUUUCCUGCACUCAAUUUAUUCUUGUCCGCACUGUGUCUUUCUGUUGAUAAACAAGUAUUACUUCCCUCCAAAAAUAAACAGUGUAUUGAGAGACAAUUCUAAGAGCAUUAACAGUAAGAAGGACUGCUGAAAGUCGACCAGCGUAAAGUACAUUCACUACGUUUCAUGCUUCCUCUUCACAAUAUUCACUGCUGCUGUAUAUCAUAAAUUAUUCAUGGACUGAAAAUUAAGUUGCGCUCUGAUGACGUAAUUACUAUUAUAGGUAAAAAUAAUCUGAUUGUUGUGAACUUUGAUUGUGUAUGUAUCGUAAGUUAUUUGUUUGUAUAAUUAAAAUGUUAAGUUUGAUAUAUUGUAAGAUAGUUCUUAAGCGUGUCUGUUAACAUAUAGUUAAGUCUGGCAUUAUUCUAACUGAUGCCAGAGGUAUAUUAACGAUGCUUACAGGUAAGAACUGAACUAUUGUAGUUAAAAAUUGUAAAUAAAGAACAGACGACAAAAAAUACUAUUGUCUGAACCCGAGAAA